AUGGACAGCAUUCCAGAAGCAGUGUUCUCCCAUGACAUCUUCUCAAAGUUACCAGUGAAAUCUCUAUUAGCUUGUAAGUGUGUUUGCAAGACAUGGUAUGAUUUAAUUUCUGACCCUGAUUUUGUUAAAUCGCACAUUGAUCUUACUAUUCAAACAAACAAACCCACUCUCUUACUAAGAUUUCCUGAUCACGUAGUCCGCUCUAUACUGCCUGAUUCAUUAAAAUCAUCCGACUGUAACAUUAAUGCCAAACGAUCAUUGUGCCCACGUUUCAGAUUUACAUCUUAUUAUACAUUGUUAUGUUCAUGUAAAGGCAUCGUUUGCAUAAGAUAUGCCGGGUCAUUAGGGUAUCGCGGGUCAUUACUUUCUCUCUGGAACCCAGCUACAAGAGAAUACAAGAUCAUACCCAAACCACCGAGUACAUUUGGCUUUGGUGCUUUAGGUUAUGACUGCAACACUAAUGAUUACAAAUUGGUAGUAGUUGAUAACUUGGAUGGAGAUGGUUAUAGUUCUAAAGUUCAAGUCUACUCAUUAGCAUCAAAUUCAUGGAAAAGCAAUCCAUCCAUACCUUAUACUUUUCCUCAUGGUCAUGGUCAAGCAUCUGGGGUGCUUUUCAAUGGAUUCCUUCACUGGUUAGCCCUAGACCGGAACUCUUGUAGAGUUAUAGUUUCUUUGGAUGUCAGGGACGAAAGUUUUAGAAAAUUGCGAAUACCAGAUGAUUCUCAAAAAUUUGAUUUGAGUUUGGGAUUCUCAGCAGGGUGCCUUUGCUUACUUGCAUUCAGAGCUCGCAGUCGUCUUGUAGUCUGGGAGAUGCUGGAUUAUGGAGUUCAAGAAUCUUGGACUAAACGCUGCAUUUAUACCCUUACUAAUAAGAGCGGAUUUAGGGACGAACCACGUUUGAGUCUAGUGAGGUAUUUAGAGAAAGGUAAGAUUCUAUUACGGAGUUCUGAUAGUUUGGUUUUAUAUGACCCAAAAUGUACAGCUCGAGUCCAUGGUAUUUUUUGCUUGGAAUGGGUGAAUUAUUUUGAAAGCUUAGUUUCCCUCAGUUCUGGUACUUACGUUGGGGGUGAUGGGAUAAUAGAAUAUAAAGAACCAUGA